UUGAGAGAAUACACAAAGCUAUGGAUUUGGUCAACAAGUUGAUGGACAUUUUGUUUGCUCCUCUAGCUAUACUAGCGCUCCUCUUUUUCCUACCACCUUAUCUCUUUUUCAAGUAUCUUCUUUCAACUUUGAGCUCCAUAUUCAGUGAAGAUGUUGCAGGAAAAGUAGUCCUUAUCACUGGAGCAUCCUCCGGCAUCGGCGAGCAUUUGGCUUACGAGUAUGCUGCGAGAGGUGCCCGUUUAGCCCUUGUUGCGAGAAGAGAGAGCCGUCUCCGGAGUGUUGCAGCCCUGGCUGAGGAGAUGGGCUCCCCUGAUGCUAUUAUUAUUCCUGGAGAUGUUACUGAGCUUCAAGAUUGUCAAAGUUUUGUUAAUGCGACGGUGAAGCACUUUGGUCGAUUGGAUCAUCUAGUGGCCAACGCUGGGGUUACUUCCACGACCAUGUUCGAUGACAUAUCCAAUAUCACCAAUCUUGCUCCAGUCAUGGACAUAAACUUCUGGGGUUCAGUAUAUGGCUCUUAUUUUGCAAUUCCGCAUUUGAAAAGGAGCAAAGGGAAGAUCAUAGUAAUUGCUUCGUGUGCCUCAUGGCUACCUGCCCCAAGAAUGAGCUUUUAUAAUGCAAGUAAAGCAGCAUUGGUUAGCAUGUACGAGACACUGAGGAUAGAGUUGGGACCAGAAAUUGGAAUAACAAUUGUUACUCCUGGAUUGAUCAAGUCAGAAAUGACCGGAGGAAAAUUCCUGAAUCAGCUAGGCCAAUUGGCAGUCCAAAUAAAUGUCAUGCCUCUAGAGUCCACUCGAGAGUGUGCCAAAGCAAUUGUGAAAGGUGCAUGCCGCGGAGAGAAAUACUUGACAGAGCCAGCUUGGUACCGUGCAGUAUUCUUUUGGAAGGUUUUCUGCCCUGAAGUGAUGGAGUGGCUGAACCGUUUGUUUUUAAUACCCGGGCCUGGCCGGUCAGAACGAGAUACAAUUAGCAAGAAGAUCGUCGAUCUGUUUACUUGGAUGAAGGAAUUAUGGAUAUAG